AUGAUUAACAUAGCUGGAGUGAUUUCUAUCAUCCUGUUCUACGUGUUGAUCCUGGCCGUGGGUAUUUGGGCUGGUCGUAAGAAGCCGGCGGGAAAUGAUUCUGAGGAGGAGGUAAUGCUGGCCGGCAGGUCUAUUGGCCUAUUCGUUGGAAUAUUCACCAUGACAGCAACAUGGGUUGGCGGGGGCUACAUUAACGGGACAGCGGAGGCGAUCUACACAUCAGGCCUGGUCUGGUGUCAGGCGCCUUUCGGCUAUGCACUCUCUCUGGUGUUUGGUGGUAUAUUCUUCGCGAACCCGAUGCGCAAGCAGGGCUACGUGACUAUGCUGGAUCCACUGCAGGACUCUUUUGGCAGCCGGAUGGGCGGUCUUCUCUUCUUGCCCGCUCUCUGCGGCGAGGUUUUCUGGGCCGCCGGCAUCCUGGCCGCACUCGGUGCCACCUUAGCCGUCAUCAUAGACAUGGACCACCGCACGUCAGUCAUCUUCAGCGCUUGCGUCGCUGUCUUCUACACACUGUUCGGGGGCCUUUACUCCGUGGCGUACACCGAUGUCAUCCAGCUGUUCUGCAUCUUCCUCGGCCUGUGGAUGUGCAUACCGUUCGCCUGGGCCAACCCGCACGUCAAGCCGCUCGGUUCAAUGGAGGUGGAUUGGAUCGGGAGCAUCGAUUCCAACUACUACUGGUUCUACGCAGACUAUGGGCUGCUACUGAUAUUCGGUGGGAUACCGUGGCAGGUGUACUUCCAACGUGUCCUGAGCAGCAAAACGGCGGGCAGGGCCCAGAUCCUGUCGUACGUGGCAGCAAUCGGGUGCAUAUUCAUGGCAAUACCACCAGUGCUCAUCGGGGCGAUCGCCAAAGCGACGGCUUGGAACGAGACCAACUUCCACGGGGACCUCACUCCCGACGGCGAGCUAACCUCGGACCAGACCUCCAUGAUCCUGCCGCUCGUGCUGCAGCACCUGACGCCCGAUUUCGUGUCGUUCUUCGGCCUGGGCGCCGUCUCCGCCGCCGUCAUGUCCUCGGCCGACUCCAGUGUGCUCAGCGCCUCGUCCAUGUUUGCCAGGAACGUCUACAAGCUGAUCUUCAGACAGAACGCGUCAGAGAUGGAGAUUAUCUGGGUGAUGCGCGUGUCCAUUUUGGUGGUGGGAGUCUUGUCGACCGUGAUGGCACUCACCAUCCCAUCCAUCUACGGGCUUUGGUCGAUGUGCUCGGACCUGGUGUACGUGAUCCUGUUCCCGCAGCUGCUGAUGGUGGUCCACUUCAAGCACUACUGCAACACGUACGGCUCGUUGGCCGCGUACAUAGUGGCGCUGCUGGUGCGGCUCUCCGGCGGCGAGAAGCUGUUGGGCCUGCCCGCGCUCAUCCACUACCCCGGCUGGGACGCCGAGAACGAGGUGCAGCUGUUCCCGUUCCGCACUAUGGCCAUGGUUAUGUCACUGUUCACGCUGGCCUUCAUCUCCUGGCUCUCCGUAUUCCUGUUCAACUCUGGCUACCUGAGCCCCGAGUCGGACUACUUCAACUGCGUGGUGAACAUUCCCGAGGACAUUCGGCGCGUGGACGAGCCCUCGGAGGCAGGUGAGCAGAUGUCCGUGCUGGGCGGCGUGCCCGGCCGGCUGUACGGCGCCGCCUCCACGCUGGUGGGCCCCGACGAGAGGUCCGGCCGCAUCAACCCCGCCCUGGAGACAGACGACGACGACCUGGACGACCCCAACGACGGCCCCACCCCCCUCUUCGGCGGCAGCAGCGCACCCCCGCCGGUCCAGCCGUUCGGCAAGCAGACCGCCUUC